CAUUUGUUUUCUACAAGUAAACUAUCUCUUAUGUUUGUAGUAUAUAAUGAAGCCAAAGUCCUCUGGAUUGCGUGCACGAAGAAGUUUAUCUUUUGAAGAGCGACCGUAUGCUGGAAAAACAUUUUACCUUGAUGUUAAAUCAGCCUCAGCGAAAUCAAAAAUAUCUCAACGUAUUCAAAAUCUAGGAGGACAAAUUGAAGAUUUUCUUUCAAAAGAUUUGACAUUAUUGAUAACUGAUAAAAGUUCAACAAAACAUUCUAAAGAUGAUUAUUCACAGAAACAGACAACCAAAAAUGUUCCAUUGAGUAGAGGACAAGCUUUAUUGCUAAAAGCAUCGGCGAAUCAGAAUUGUGAUGCCAACAAUAACAGCAAUGGAUUAUUACAGAGUGCUGCCAAACUUGGUUUGCGGAUUGAAACACCAGCUGCAUUCCUGCGGGACAGCGCAAAACAUCUGCAGAAACUCAAAGCAGAAACUAGUAGAAUGGAUACCUCCAUGAGUGGCAUGUCCCCAAUAACUUGGGAUUCUGAAAAAGAAAACGGUCCUGUAAUUAAAGUAGAAGAUGAAGAUGGUUUGUAUAGACCUCUUUUUAAACAGUUUGAAACAUUUCCAAAGAUAUUUUACAAUGAGACUGGAUCUCCAUUUGAUGCUGGUGUAGUAUUGACUAAAGCAAAAGAAAGUAAUAACCAGUCAAAAAAGAAAUCAGCUGCAGGAGUACUCAGGGGAGGCUACUGUGAAUCAUGUGACCAUUGGUACAAAUGUAGUCUAAGAGAACAUUUGAAUAGUGAAAAACAUAAGGAAUUUGUCUCAAUUGCUGAGAAUUUCAAGACCUUAAAUCAUACGUCUUCUCAUUUACCAAAUCUACAAAACUUUGUAGGGAAAUACGGGCUGAAAGGAUGUAAAGAUAGCCAAGAAAUGUCCUCAAAAAUCACAGACUUCAGCACAUUUCCUGAAUUUGAUUCUCACCAUGAACAUGUGGCAGACAGUGAACUUAAUCUAGAUUUUAAUGACAAACAAGGCUAUGUAGGCCAAGAGAGUUUACUAGGUAAUGGUGAUAAAAGUCAAGAUUCUGAAAAUAAAAUAAAGUGUAGGCAUGCAUCAAAAACUGAGCCAAUAUCAAAAAGAAACAUAACCCAGGAUCCUUUAGAUAUUCCACAUUCCCAACCUUUGGAAACAGUUGGGAAAAGUAUCCCCUUGCAGCCAAUAGAUAUAUUUAAAAAGAAAUCUUUGAAUGAGUUUAAAAGUAACAAUAGUGAAUUAAAAAGUGAAAACAGCUUUAGUAGGCGUUCAUCACAAAGAAUAGGAAGAAAAUUCUCUAUUAAUGACGUAAUUCAAAGUGUUACAGAUAAUGAGGACUAUUUCUCAUCUGGUGAUGAUGAUGAUGUAAGAAUUCAGGAUCCAAUGUCAAAAACUUCAUGUAUAAUAACAAAACAUUUAAAUUCUGAGAUAUCGGCAAAUGUCAGUUCUCUUCACAGUUUAUCUGGUUCCAGUCAUAGAAAUGUUGCUCUCGGUAAUUCUGAGAUAUCGGCAAAUGUCAGUUCUCUUCACAGUUUAUCUGGUUCCAGUCAUAGAAAUGUUGCUCUUGGUAAUUCUGAGAUAUCGGCAAAUGUCAGUUCUCUUCACAGUUUAUCUGGUUCCAGUCAUAGAAAUGUUGCUCUCGGUAAUUCUGAGAUAUCGGCAAAUGUCAGUUCUCUUCACAGUUUAUCUGGUUCCAGUCAUAGAAAUGUUGCUCUCGGUAGUUGUAACUCAAAUAGGGAAGCCAUGCCUUAUGAUAUAGCUGAUGAAAAGUCAAAGCAAGCCUCUGAAUUGAAUCCAACAAGGCUCCAAAAUAUACCUAUGAUGUACUUCUCAUCUUCAUCGUUUGGUGACAAUGGUGUGAAUAAUGUUUUGUCAUUCUUAAACAGCCAGCAUUCCAAGAAGAGUUGUGAUAAGGAAGAUGAAGGGAGUGGAAAGAGAUUAUUUGAUGAUUACAGUUCAAAUGUAGAAUGUAGUGGGAAUUCUUCAUGGGCUUUGGAUAAAUUAAGUGAAGUGACAGAUAGUAAGGACAAUGUCCCUGGUAGUGGUAUUAGUAUCAUGGCACAGUGUGCAGAUAAUGGCAAUGUAUUAGAGCACCUUAUAGAUGACAUAAGUUGUGAUGAUAAUGAAAUGCCUGUUCUUCAAGUCGAAGUUGAUUCAGAUAAGAUGGAAGUGGAGCUUGACCUGAUGCCUGUUUUACAAACUUAUGAUUCUGAAGAUGGUAGUAGAUUCUCUGAAACAUUUCUAAGUGAGAACAAAGUCCAAAAACCUCCAGCUGUGGCCAGUAUUCCUCUUCCAGAAUAUAGUAACAUCACUGAAGAAUCACUCCAAGACAAGCCACAACUUGAAACAAAGCAUGUUCCUGAUCAAAAUUUACAAUCUAGCUAUGAUAUUCCAAUGUUUAAUUUAAGAAAUAAUAUCAUAAAAGAUGGAGCUAAUGUGACUCCAGAUAAGAACUUGAUGAAUAAUUUGAAGUCAAAAAUUUAUGAGUGUCAGACAAAUUCAGGAUCGACAAUCAGGAAUUGGUUGUUACCAAAUGAUGAUACUGGGAGUAUUAGGUCUGUUCAAUCACCUGGAAAUCUAAAUGCUACCUUAGUUAAUACCAGCUGUAACGUUUUGGAAACAUCCCAGCUAGAAAACAGAAAAGACAUUGAUAAGGCUAACAGUGGUGAUGCUGCAAGCUUGAAUGACUGUAGUUUAAAUGAUAUCAAGGAGACAGGUGAAAGUUCAAAAGUUGCUGAUUGGAUACAAAGACAAGACUUUGUUGUAGCACAAAAUGCUGAUGACAAUUCUAGACACGGAUUUGAAGCUAAUAUUUUGGAAGCAGGAUUUUCAUGUAGUGUUGAUGAAAAAGAGCUGGACACCAAUGAAAAUGAUCUGAAAUCUUGUAGUGAAAAAAGGUAUGGCAGUGACAAGGCAGACAUUGAUGAAGGAAGUUAUGUUUGGUCAGACUCUGGAACAAGUAUCUCUGACUGUACAUUAGACAAUUUUAGAUAUAGGGCUGGUGUGGAGGACAAUCUUCAUGCAGAUGUUGAAAAUUCACAUUCGGACGUCAAAGAUAAAACUGAAGUAUUAAUGUUAGAUGAAAUGUCUCAGGAUUCAAAUGUAAGUGCUAAAACUGGUCUCACUUCAAUUGUGACAGCUAGAGGAAUAAAGAUAACUGGUCUUUCAUCUUUGUCAUCACAUUUCUUUAAUGCUGUCGACAGUGAUGUGUUCACAGAAACUGAAAGUAGUACUGUUGCCUAUGGUAUUAGUAGAAAGAACUCAGAUUGUUCUUUUGCAGAUAGUGUAAACAAAAUCGGAUCAAGUGCGCAUAAUAAGACAUCAGAUUGUCAGCCAAAUAAUGACCAACUGAAUCCAACAUUUAACAAUAGCAUGCAGGCAAGUCGAGGUCAUCAACAGAUGGCAAGUCAAGGUCACCAACAAAUGGCAAGCCAAGGUCACCAACAAAAGAAUGGUUCCGUAAGCUAUGACAAUUCAUCAGAAUUUAAUUAUUCAUCAGAUACGAAGUCAAAAGUUGGUGAUGACAUACAAGCUAGUCAGAAAAAGACAAAUCUUAAAGGUAAAAGCAGUACAAAAAAGCAAAGUCAAACAAAAAAGCCGAGAGCUGCAAAGACAACAAAAUCAAAGAAGCAAGCACAGUCUCAUAACUUGUUAAAUCAGGUAUUAACAGCAAACAUGUAUAGCCCUGUCUCAUCAUUUACAGAAAACAGUCCUUGUAGGAAUAGUUAUACUGACCAGACAUACACUCAGUAUCUACAGACUAGUCCAUAUUCUCAGCAUUCAGGUCGGGAACAUUUAUCUAGCCCAGGUUUUCAACAGGAACAAGGUAAUGGUAACUGUCAACAGAAUCAGUUUGUGAUGAAUGGGCAGCUUCAUGGUACAAAUUUACAGCAUGAUAAUCUGUAUCAUCAAGGCAAUGGUGAAUUUAGAAUGAUGGACCUACUUCUAUCUCCAGGAGAUCAUGUAGGUAAAUUUAAUGAGCGAAAGUUUCAACAAAAUGUGCCGAAUCAGCAACAAAGUGUUUGUCCACAGGGUUAUGUGUCUGAGUCAAACAAUGUUAGCUUUAACGGGGGAUAUGCAGCAAACUUUCUAACACAACAAAAUAUUCAACAUCAGUUUGGUAUUCUGCCAUUCACAGGGCAUUAUCAAAAUCAGGGAAAUGUUCAUGCCAACAAAGAAAAUAACCUUCAUUUCUUGUCCUCAAAUUCAAAUUUCUUCGUGCACAAUUGGAAUACUAGUACCAGUGCUCAACAGCAAAAUCAUUCUGCACAACAGGAACCAGUUAAACAUUUGAACUUCCCAGCAUCCCCUGGUAACAUGUCACAUGAUCAAUCAAGGUCAAAUGGAAGCUUGCAGACUAUAGAAAUGUCUCAUAUAGCAGACAGUAAUGGAGGGUGUGACAAUAAUUUUAACUUCAAGAUAGCAGAUACCCAGAAGUUGAAAAGCAAUUGUAAUGUUAAAAAGAAACCAAAAGAAAAGAAACCAGCAGCUCAAAGGAAGAAAGGAAGAGCAGUUUCUCAGAACAUUACUGAACAGCCAGUGUCUCAAGUAAAUAAUCAGUGCGUUAGCUCAGAUAAUUCAAGACCAGUUGAAAAUGGUCAAUUCAUACCAUCAUCUUAUACACAACAAAAUCAGUUUCCAAAUGUUUAUAUAUCAAGCCAUGCCUCUCAACCUGUAACAGUUUCACAAAGCCCGUGUACUUUCAAUCCAGGUUACUCUGGUGCAGUUUAUCAAACCUAUUCCGGUAUGUCUGUAAAUGCGUAUAGCAAUUCUCAGCCAGUAAACGUGUUCGGAAACAGCUAUACUGGCAAUGUGUACAGUAAUUAUAACCCUGUAAAUAUGUAUAGUAACACUCCGUCUGUAAACAUGUACAACACCACUCAGACUGGUGACACAAAACUGAAAAUCAGUAGAGCAGCCACGGCACACUCUGCCAGUAAACAGACUAAACAUGAUCUAAUGCAGUACUGGAAUGUCCGUAAGGCGGGUGACUGUAGACUGGUGUUCAGUGCUAAUAUGCUAGGCAACGGAAAACGAAAAGCAGAAGCCGAGACGCCCACCAAAAUGUAUUUAUCCCCUGUAAAUGACGGUCAAAAUGUAAAUCCUGCUGUGAAAAGAAGGAAAUGCCUUGUGUACUAAAGAUACAGUGCAAUUUGUCUGUUCAGUACUCAAAAAUUGUGAAUGCUUUUAUUUGUAUGCAAUUUUAAUUUUACUGAAAUAUGCAGGUAAAAUGUCUAUAUUUUGUUUGUAUUAAAAUUUAAUGAUUGUUAUGUGAGAAAUGACAUAGUGUGUUAAAAAAAGAUAUUUUCAAGGGUUAUAAAUUGAUUUUAUAUAAAAAGGAAAGCUCAAUAAAGUUACAGGGUACCCAAGAUUUUAGGUUGUGGAGUAUCUUAAGUUAAAAUGAUUUAAAUAUAUGUAUUUUUUGCAAAUUAGUUUCAAUGCUGAAAUAUUUGUUAUACAUGUGUAUAUGUGUCAUAAAUUUGCAAUACAAUGGUGCUGUCAAUUGAAUUUAGCAUUUUGCGACAUUUUUACAAUUUGUUUGAUACAUGAUCUUGUGUCUUAUUGUUUAUAAUAUUGCCAUAUUCUUGUUAUGUGUUUCUGGUGAAAGUACAAACAAUUCUUGUUUUAAAUAUAAUUAUAAUACAUGUACAUGAAUUUUCUGUGUGAAAAAUAAUUUGCUUGUUAAAACAAAAAUCUGCUGUAACUGUUACAACCCAAUUUUUGUAAUAAUUUAUCUUUUUUUACAAUUCAUAUCAAUUUACAAACAUUAUAAUUAUACAUAUACAUGUAUGAGAGCAUAUUAGGUCACUGUUUAGGGCCAAUAACUCUAACAUGGAUUUUGACAUAAGCAAGUCAUGUUUUUCAUGCAGCAUCAGUUUUCAAAACUGCUAAAGGUAUUCAUUUGAAUCUACAGAAGGACUUGAAACUUAAUACAUGUCAUAAUCAUAAUUGGAGGUCACUAUCCAAGACCUUUAAUUCUUACUUGGAAUUUAACUGAAUUAUGUUCCUUUUUUAAUGUAGAAAAUUCUUUGUGUAAGUGUUGCUUGGCAACAUCAGUAUUAAAAGUGCUAAAGGUAUUCAU